AUGGAACAAAAUGAAGGUGAACAGGAAUCCCAGCCAGAGAGCCACGUGGAGAGCAAGAGCAUCGUGAAAUCCUUGCCUGGGGGAGCAGCCCAUGUCAAACUAGAGAUAAAAAAACAUGCAGUUACGGAUGACUACAAACUCUCCAAACGGGUGUUAGGGUUAGGAAUCAAUGGCAAAGUACUGGAGUGUUUCAACAAGGAGACGGGGCAGAAAUGUGCUUUGAAGCUCCUGUAUGACAACCCAAAAGCUCGUCAGGAAGUAGAAUAUCACUGGCGGGCCUCAGGGUGUCCCCAUAUUGUCCACAUCCUGGAUGUUUAUGAGAACAUACACCAUGGAAAGAGAUGCCUCCUCAUUGUCAUGGAAUGCAUGGAGGGAGGAGAGCUGUUUAGCAGGAUCCAGGAGAGAGGAGAUCAAGCUUUCACCGAGAGAGAGGCUUCUGAAAUAAUGAGAGACAUCGGAACAGCCAUCCAGUAUCUUCAUUCAAUGAACAUUGCCCAUAGAGACGUCAAGCCUGAAAACUUGCUUUACACAUCUAAAGAGAAGGAUACUGUACUCAAACUCACUGACUUCGGCUUUGCCAAAGAAACCACUGUACAAAAUGCGCUGCAGACCCCUUGUUACACUCCUUACUAUGUGGCUCCAGAAGUCCUUGGUCCUGAGAAGUAUGACAAAUCAUGUGACAUGUGGUCUCUGGGUGUCAUCACGUAUAUUCUCCUGUGUGGCUUCCCUCCAUUCUACUCAAACACUGGACAAGCUAUUUCUCCAGGGAUGAAGAGAAGAAUUCGGAUGGGGCAAUAUGGGUUUCCCAAUCCAGAAUGGGCUGAAGUAUCAGAAGAAGCCAAACAACUGAUUCGCCACUUACUGAAGACUGACCCAACAGAGAGGAUGACAGUUUCUCAGUUUAUGAAUCACCCUUGGAUUAACAGAUCAAUGGCAGUGCCACCAACUCCUCUCCAUACUGCACGGGUCCUGCAAGAGGAUAAAGACCACUGGGAUGAAGUUAAAGAGGAGAUGACCAGCGCUUUGGCUACCAUGAGAGUGGACUAUGAUCAGGUGAAAAUUAAAGACUUGAAAACAUCCAACAACCGCCUUCUGAACAAACGCCGUAAGAAGCAGAAGCAGGCAAGCACCUCUUCUGCAGCCCCAGGGUGCAAUAAUCAAUGAGAAGAGAAGCCAAGGACCUGGGGGUGGAGGGUAAAAGUGUUAAAAGGAACAAUUUAAAAUGAGUACAAUCAACUCAGUUGACUGAGUACCAUGAAUGCACAUAGACUGCAAAGAAGUUAUCCUGCAAAGAGGGAGCAGAGGGAAAGAUUGCAUUUUUGUAACUUGAAUCAGGGCUUUGCUUUUAAAGGCUAAUUUAUGACGUGAUUCAGUUGCAUAUCACUAGGGAAGGUGUAGCAAUACCAGAAAUGUUAUCGGGUUUUGUUUUGGCUUUAAGUGUGUUGGAGGAGUGGAGAGAACAGGAAACAGUCACAGUAUACAUACUACCGCACUGAGGCUUUGAUAGCCAUGUAGAAGAGUGACUUCUGCUACCAUUUUAAGCUAGGGAAUAUAAAAAUGUCAAGUGUUCUGCUUGGAGUGUUUUAGGAGUUCAAACGUGAGUACUGAAAAAGGAGACAAAUGUCACUGCUCUUUAUACGAGUAGCGCAGGUACAGGUCUACUUUGGAUACAUGUGGCCAGUGUUUCCAUCCUAGAAUAGGUAAGAAUAGUCAGUGUUUCCAAACUUACCUCCUGUGGUUACAGAAUGUCACCUAAGCAGUAAGCAGUUAUUCCUGUUUUAGGAAAAAACAUCCAUACAUUUCCAUUUUCACAAAGUCCUUCAUGUAGUCCUAUGUGAAGAUUUGGCUUUGUCGUGGUUUCUCAUUCAAAAACAUGUUCAUUUUAUAAACAUAACCAUUAUGUUAUGUCUAUGCCACUGUCAGAUUCCGCUCUUGUAAUGUUCUUAAUUUAAACAGUACUUCAUGCAAAGAGUUUUAAUUAGGAUUUAAUUAGUCAAAAGUAUCCUGCAGAGAAUAUUGCUGCUUCUCUUGGAUCUACAACGUCUAGGUUGUACAACUGGACAUGCAGUUAUAUAUGAGAGACUGCUCUAGAAGAGAGGCUUCUGAAAUUCAGGAAGAAACAGCAAGUGCGUGUUUUCUGUGGACUCCACUGUCUGCCAGCAUCCCUUCUGGUAAUUACCUCAAGAUCCUGUGCCUGAGACAUGCUGAUCAUAUCAGAUUUUGGGGUGUUGGGGUUGGUUUGUUUCUUGGGAGCAAGGAGGGAAAGGUUGCAACUUUAUCUGUGGUGUUUUGACAGUGUUUCUGGAUCCAAAGAUUUCCACCACCUAAGGGAAACUACCUAUAAGGAUAUCCACUUUUUUUUUUCCCUAUUCUAAUUCUUGUUUUAUGGUAUUUUAGCCUUGGUUUGCUAAUUCGUUUUACUUUGUAAUCAAAGUAUUUUCUCCCACUGUAUUAUAUAUAUAUAUAUAUAUAUAUUUUAAGUUGAGGUAAAGCAAAUGUUUGUGAAAGUAUUAACAAAGUUUAGAAUGAAAAUUAUGUGCUUCCAGUAACACAAGCAAAAACUACUUUGUGGUAGGCAUACACAGUGCUGUUGUGUUAAUAAACUAAGAAGCAGCUUAAAAGACGAGGGAAAACAAGGCUCCAGAGAGGAUCUGAAACUUCAGAUCUGACUGCCACAUAAAUCUUGUUACCUCCAACAAAUACAUGGUCGAGGAUUCAGGCCUUUUCUGGAGAGCCCUGUUCCCAUCUUCAAAGCAUUGGAUGAGUACUCUAUUCUUUGUUAACUGGUCCUAGGGUUUUAUAAACUGAUUUUAAUAAACCAUGUUCCAACAUUC